AUGUCUGAACUGGCCAGUAAAUCGGUACAAGCUACUCUCAUCUGUACACAACAAAGUUUACGGAUCAGUAUACUGGGUCUCACUGAAGAAGUGUCUUGCGAUGGUGAGUCAACCAGGAAAUGUUCUCAAAAUUCUUGCCAACUUUCCAAAAAUACACCUGAUGACUAUUCAGAUGAGAAGUUGAUACCAACGUUCAACAGUUUCCAUCAAAGGAAUGAAAAUAAAAUAUUAGAAAACGAAUAUCACCGACACUGUAUUAUUGCACUACCAUUAUUUUAUCAGCUAAUUAAAGCAGUGAUGGAUUUUGAUUUUAGGCCUCGAGUAAAUAUAUCCUCAAUCACAAGGUUUUAUUCCUGUCCCAGAAAUCGCUUGAACCCGUACCGGGUGAAUUUCAGAUCAGUGAUACUUGAAUGAGCUUGCUGAUGAAUCAGGCAGUGGUGUCUAGUAGCGUAGUCGUUGAUUACUCAACUUAAGAAACCAGUCCCGUGUGAUCAAGAUGAAUAUAUCGUAUUGAUACGCACACUGGAAUCAUACUCUCACCUGCCCCAGUUUAUCUCAUUACUACCGUCUUCCAAUGCCGAUGAUUGUCGAAAACCUGCCUACAAUAAUAUGUAUGAUUGCCCUAAAAGCAUGCUGUCUGAUUUCUGCUCAAGGAAACUCUUUUAUUCGUUUGAUCGAAACAAAUUGGUACAUUAAAAGAAACCGAAAUGUUACAAGUUGUAUUCUAAUGAAUGCUUUUUUUUCUCUGAUGGACAGAACAUUUUUUUUUGUUUGAUAACAUGAAACAUGAACUGUUCUACCGAAGUGGGACAUUUGUCUAUAUUUACCAUUUAUUAUUUAGGUAUCUUUUGAGUUAAUAUUUCUUUCUUUUUUUUUUUUUAGUUUUAGCUUUCAAUUGCAAAUUAGAAUGAUAAAGUAUUUCUUUUCCAAAUUAUAAAUGCUUAAAUAGUACAGAUGUUAAAAUGUAACCUUCGAAAUAUUUUAAUGAUUUUUAACUAUUGAAUAUUUUAAAACCUUCUCAUAUUUUAUUGCAUUGUAUGUUGUUAAGAUUUUUAUAUAUAUAUAUAAAUUGUUUUGAAAGAGGGUCUGUUGUAGCCACCCUCUCAAAAGACUCAAAUAAAUAAAUUAAUUAAAUAUAUAAAAAUUGGCUUAUAAUCAAAUUAUUGAAGUUAUAUUAUUAUUAAAUUAUUGGCUGUCUGGUUAAAUCAGUUCAAAGAUUUUCGUAUUAAAUGUUCUUUAAAUCAAUAAAAUGUAAUUGUUACUCUGCCAAAGAAGGUUAUGAAUUCACCACUGUCUGUCUGUCGUUCUUUUACUAAGCUUACGCAAAAUCUAAAUGAAUGGACCAUCAUAGAAUGUACGGGAAUGGUACAUAAUAUUUAGAAAAAGAAAUAAUUACAUUUUUAGAAGAAAAGUUCAAAGGUCAGUGUCGCAGCAGUUUGAUUUUCUUUUACCCUGAGCAUAAAAGAAAAUACUGGACUGGCCCCCAUCAUACAUGGCGUAUGCAUAUUUUUAGGUAUUACAGGCACAGGGCAAAAAUAAUGGAAUUGCCCAUCAUACACGGCCUGUGUAUAAUUUAGUAUUCAGGCACCAGCAGGAGAAGAAAUUGAAUAAUUGAAUUGAUGUUGAAAAUUUUCUAAAGAAUUUUAUUGCAGAUAGGAGGGUAUGUCUUAUACUAGUUCAUCUAUGAUUUAUUCAUAAUAUUUAUAAAGUAAAAAGUUGUAAAUCAAUCAAUUUAUAAGGUGCAUAAUGUACCUGUCUCUAUGCACUAAUGUAUUGCACUUUUUAUAUGAAAAAAAUGAAAAUAUAUAAAAUUAAAGAGGAAAACAAAAUAAAGGUUUAAUAAAAAGAACUGACUGAAGUUUUCAAUAAUUCUAAAGGCAGGAAAUCGGUUUUUUUAACAUUUAUUUCAGCUUCUUUUUUUAAAUAUAUAUUUCUAAAAUAUAUUUUUUAACCUUUAGGCCUAUUUUUAUUAAUUAUUUUAUGUUAUUUAUUUUAAUUACUAAUUUAAGUCACAUUCUGUUUUUAGUAUUUUGUAGGAUCUAUGGUAUAAGUAAAUCACAAAGAAAUAUCGUAAUAAACAUGAAAAAAACCAGGUAAUCUUAUUAAGCCUUAAAUAUUAUAGAUUCAUUAGAGAAUCAUAUUAAGCAGAUUAUAGAAAUCUAUCCAGGAUUAAUGCCAAUUCUGAAAUAUAUUUGACCAGUUGUACAGCAUGGUUUAAUUGAACAAAACAGAAAUGAAAUUAGAUAUGUACUGUAUGUAUCUAAAUGAAAUCAAAUGAAUAUAGUGUAUAAUAUGGCCUGUGGGUCAUAUUGGCUCCUAUGUGCACUAAAAAUAGCCCGCAGCCUGUAUUCGAUUUUUCAUAUUUGAUAUGAAAAGGAGAGUAUUGAACCAGCAACGCAUUUCUGUUGUUCUAGAGAAUUGAUUUUUUGUACCCGAGUGCAUUUAUCUGAUAAAUGAGUCGGGAAUAGGGCCAUCAUUAAAUCGGGCCUCUGUUAUCGUGUUACCCUCAACUUUCUGAUCAUAUCAAUAAGUGUCGUGCAAACAAGCCGAUACAAUUGAGGCUUAGGUCCCAGGGUUAUAAGAACACGCGCAGCUGCUCUGGUUUCCAUGGCAAUUGGUCAUCAUAUUUGCCUCGUAUUCAGAGUUGUAUUUACUCAAGGUGAAAUGUAUUUAGAUUUUUGGUUUGAACUAAGUCCUAAGUUCUUUUUCAAAAAAUUGUUUUGUUUUACUUACUAUUUUGGUCAUGUCAUAAAAAAAUAAUUUUUGACGAACAAAGAGAUUAGAAUCAGUGACAAGUGUUCAAGGUUUCCUAAUAUUUACAAUAAUUAUUAUAAUAAUAAAGAUUUCCAUGUAUAUACAGAAUUCCAGGGCCUCUAUAUUCUAUGAAUAAGACUAUAAAUUUUACAAUAUAUUACAAGUCUAUUAGUCCCUGAUUAUUACAUAAUGUAGUUUAUAUUUAUUGUAUAUUAUAGACAAUUGUAUGACAUGAAAUGUUAGUGUUUUUAACAAACUUAUAUGGUUUGUGCUUGAUGACAAUACUUGCUUUUAUAAAUCUAUACUCAAUCUGAUUCUGUUUUGCUAAUAAAACUUUUUUUUUAUAAAACUAUAUUCAAUCUGAUUCUGUUUUGCUAAAAGAUAGAAACUGUAUUUUAAGCAUUAAAUUGUUCAAAUAUGUUAUCAUUUUUUAUUGAAAUACAUGGUUUUUCAAUAAUUAAUGGCCAGCUAAAUUAAGGACAUCUACAAACAAUAUAAAUAGUAACUAAUUUGUUUGAACUUAAUUGUUAUUACCAUUAUUAUCAGUAUUAUUAAUUACCAACAUAAUUUUUGAAAACAGCAGAAAUUCAUAUUUAAAUUUAAUUUAAUUUGGCCAGUUAUGAAACUUCUUAAUUUAAAUAAUAAUCAGUGAUUUAGUAUUUUGUAAGCUUAAAAUGUCAAUCAUACCAUAAUUUUUUAAUAUAUGAAUACUGUUCAUUCAUUAUAAAUGUGACCUUGAAUGUGCAAGAAAACCCAUAUUUUACAUAAUAAUAGUUUAUCACCUACCGUAAAACCUUGAAUUGAAGCCCUAGGCUUCUUUAUUCUGCGAACUUUAGAUGGGCUUCUUUUCAAAAUGGGCUUCUUUUCGAGGCUACUUUUGCAAUGUAAAGAAGGGGGUUUCUUUUCAAAAUAAGUGCUGUAAAUUUUGUGAAUUUGUACUAUAGAACAAUAAAUAUGGCCAUUGUAACAUCUAUCUGUAUCAUAAAGUGUAUUUAAAUGGCAUUAAAUCACCUAAACUACUG